AUGCCCAGCGCUAGGAGAAUGAUCCUGGGGCACGUCAUGUCCGGCCUGUGCACAAAGAUGAACCGUACCAAACAGCUUCCGGCGGAUCUGAUGGAAACGCCGCUGAAUCGAUGUUUAAAUACAUUCGACAUCACGUUGCUGGGUAUCGGUCAUAUGGUGGGCGCUGGAAUCUAUGUUCUUACCGGUACCGUUGCUCGAGAGAUGGCUGGCCCCGCGAUUGUCCUUUCGUUUAUCCUUGCCGGGUUAGUAUCACUGUUGGCGGCUCUUUGCUAUGCGGAAUUUGGAACCCGUGUCCCCAAGGCAGGAUCAGCGUAUGUUUACACGUACGUAUCGAUCGGCGAGUUUUGGGCAUUUGUCAUCGGCUGGAACAUUAUCCUGGAGCAUAUGCUCGGUGCGGCCUCGGUAGCACGCGCCUGGAGCGGUUACGUUGACUCGAUGCUGGGCAAUAUCGUGGCCAACAUAACGAUGGAGAUUACUGGCGAGAUGCACGAGCAGCUGCUGGCAAAGUAUCCCGACUUCCUCGCAUUCUUCGUGUGUAUUAGCUAUGCUGUAGCACUAGCGGCCGGUGUCAAGGCAACGGCUAUGAUAAACAGCAUACUGACCACGGUUAAUGUGGCCGUGAUGGCGCUGGUGGUGGUGUUGGGCUUCUGGUACGCCACACCAGACAAUUGGUCGCUUCCGGAGCAGGGCUUCAUGCCUUACGGCUUUGGCGGGGUGCUCGCUGGUGCAGCAACUUGUUUCUACGCCUUUGUAGGCUUCGAUAGCAUUGCGACGUCUGGUGAGGAAGCGAAAAAUCCGAGUGUUUCUAUACCGUUGGCCACCAUACUGUCGCUGUGCGUCGUGACGGUCGGGUACGUGCUGGUGAGUGCGGCACUAACGCUCAUGAUUCCAUACAACGAAAUUAAUCCGGCCGCGGCCCUGCCGGAUGCGUUUGGCAUGCGUGGCAUCACGUGGGCCAAGUACGCGAUUUCGACUGGAGCCAUCUGCGGUAUGACGACGACGUUGCUUGGUUCACUGUUUGCUUUACCCCGUUGCCUCUACGCAAUGGCAAGCGACGGAUUGCUGUUUUCGUGCUUCGGAAAGGUUAAUACGAAAACACAGGUUCCGCUGUUGAAUCUCGCCCUGUCCGGUGUUUGUAGUGCACUGUUGGCGUUGCUUUUCGAUCUGGAAAAGUUGGUAGAGUUUAUGUCGAUAGGAACACUGCUCGCCUAUACAAUCGUGUCGGCUAGCGUGAUCGUGCUGCGCUAUCGUCCAAUAUCGGUGGAAGAAACCGUCCAUCUUGCGCCCGAUACACCCGGCACGGAUGAGGAAGACGGUGGAGGUGGAAUUGAUUCGUCCUCCCAGUCGAGCACCAUUGACCCUUCAUCGCCUACGAGUGAAAUGAUAGAGAUUGCUCUCGCCGGUAGACUGCGGCCGCAGUUCCGUUGGCUAGAGCCUGUACUGGGACGGUGCGAACCUGGCGUGGCGUGUUCCGGUGCGGUGUUAAUGUUUUGUGUACUCAGCGUAGCUGUCUGCUUUCAGUUGGAGAACUCCUGGGACGAGCUGUAUAACGGCACCUGGUGGGCGUUAGGACUUUACGGGUUUCUUCUAUUUUGUCUCGUUGCAUGUGUAGUUGUUAUAUCGGCUCAUCAUCAAAACACUCGUGGGUUACAGUUCAAGGUACCAUUCGUACCGUACAUACCGGCGCUAAGCAUUUUCUGCAAUAUCGAGCUGAUGGUCCAUCUGAGCUUUCUCACAUGGCUACGAUUCUUCAUCUGGCUGUCGAUCGGUAUGCUUGUGUACUUCCUGUACGGCAUUCACAACAGCAAGGAAGGCGAGCUCGGCACGUCCUACUCCAUGCUGAUGUCAACCAGCGAAGCGAUUCGUGGCUGGGGCUCUACUAGCACUGCUCUUGGCGGUGGCACAAAGGUAACUGUAACGAAGAUAAUCAAAGGAAGAAUAAGCCGCAAGACAGCCGGUGACAGACAGGCGAUAGUGGACGAUGAUGAUGAUGAGGAUUCUUAAAUAAGAAUAGUGGUUUAGGGUGAUUUCCUCCUUCCAUUUGCGUUCCACGUUUGAAAUCCUUUAAAGUUUAGUUCAUCGUUGGAGGUUGUUCUCGAAGCCCUAUAUAGUAACGAUGGUCAGCUAAACAUGAACAAGCAAUGUGUUUGUUAAGAUUUGUAAUCGUUUCAUUCCGAGAUACCAUUACGAGAUGCCGUAUAUCUUUUAUAUCUGAAAGUGAACAAUUAAAACACGGUCCAAGUGACAGGCAAGUCUGUCACACAUAGGGAUAUCAUCAGUGCAAAAUACGUAGGUACAAGUUUGUUAACCUUUUUACGAAGCUAUCAACCAAAGAAUCUAUCGCCAAGGUCAGUCCCGAGUUGGGAGCACAACACUGUGUGUACUAUAGUACUAUUAUUACAUUUAAUUUAACAAAAUAAUUCUGUACAACGGUCUACCAGGAUAUAUUUAUAUAUGAAUUAAGUGGAUCGCCAAGAUCCAUUGCGAAGUGAAUGGGCGUUUAUAGUUACUAUUCUACGAAAUGGGUAGACCUAUUUCAAUGCACAGUAUUAGAUAUUAUGCUACUAACGAUUGCCUUAGAACAAACAAUGUGUCUGCAUAAAGUAAGUGUAAUGCGCUGUGUUUUUAUUUUUCUAAGCCAUAGCAAACAAGUGAUUUACUAACAUUAAAGGUUUUGAGUAACAUAAGUAUACUAUUUUUAAUUUUAAGCAGAUUUAUUUUGCUUCCAUUGAAGUAGUGAGAAGCAAGUCCAGAGUUCAAUUGUGCAAAGAUUGGAACUGUUGCCUAACAUAGUUAUUCCACGGUUUUGAUUAGAUUUAUAUCAUACACACUGUUAGCACAAACUACUUAAUCUAGUUAUACUUCCAACUUUGUUUGCGUUUGAAAAAAAAUUACACAAUGUACUUCAACCACCGAAUUUUGUACACGUUAGCUGCUAUGUGUUUGAUAAACGGAAAAACAAAACUUAAAAACGGGUAACUUACUCCAAUAGUCAAUCUUACAAUUUCCCCUAUUCAUCGCUGAGCUGUGUAUAAGCAUAGAAAAGCACGCAUCAUAACAUGAUGGCUUUCAAUGGUCGCUUAUCAUUUUCUGGAUUUUGUUUGCAGUAAAAUUUAGAGUAAAGGAAAUUAACAUUUAUAUUACACUACACACUGGAACACUGGUACACGUGUAGCGAAUCAUGCCGUAAUCGGCAAUAUGUAUAUUAAACAUGGAACUAUAGUAGAAAUGAAUGCACAGUCAAUGAAGAGUACAUAUUCAUAUUACCAACCGUAUCGAUAAGAUAAAUCACCAACCGUAUCGUUAAUAAGAUAUUUAUUCGCAUCCAGUAUUUCCAGUACGCCCAGAUACUCGGAUUGUAGGACGCACCAUGCAUAAUAUCCUAUCUACUUCGGACCGUAUCGUAUGAACAGGAAAACAGUAUAUCUCCCAAGAACGAGCUGCUAUUACAAUAUACAGUUUGAAAACGAAGCCCUUCUGUAUGCUGCAACUGUAAGCUCUCAUAUGACGCAUAAAGUACACUAGAUCAAUUAGUAGUGGCGAAUGUAAUGUCUUGUUUCCUAUUAGUUUGACCAGAUUUUUUAACAUGAGAACACAAUGAUUACAGUGUGCAUGAGAGCGAGCAUGCAUUAGAACUUAUAAAUUAAACGAUAACAAUAUUGAACAAGCAUAAAAUAAUUCUAAUCACACAAAACCACCAUAAGAACAAUAAAGUAUACAC